GUGUGCGCUUUGCUGGAGCUUUUUCAGACUAGAAAAGAAGUUUCUUGCUGUUUGUUUUUUGUAGUGUUUUCCUAAAGUAUGCUGCUGGCUGUGCUGAGCUGGCUCUGCUCUUCCCUGCUGGCGUCUGUCAGCGGGGGAAAGUUGCCUGAAGCUGAGGUGAAGAUAGAAGUUCAGCACAGACCUUUCAUCUGUCACCGCAAGACCAAGUACGGAGACAUGCUGCUGGUGCAUCAUGAUGGAUACUUUGAAAAUGGGACCGUAUUUCACUCCAGUCGAAACCAAAACGAUAAGAUGCCGAUGUGGUUCACGCUGGGGAUCCGACAGGCAAUCAGAGGCUGGGACUUAGGUCUGCAGGACAUGUGUGCUGGAGAGAAGAGGAAACUGGUGGUUCCUCCGGAGCUGGCUUAUGGAAAGGAAGGGAAAGGUAAGAUCCCACCGGAGAGCACACUGACCUUUAUCGUUGAGUUGCUUGAGAUCAGAAAUGGACCACGGUCACACGAGUCCUUCCAGGAAAUGGACAUCAACGAUGACUGGAGGCUUUCCAGACAAGAGGUGAAAGAAUACCUCAGGAAGGAGUUUGAGCGCCAUGGCUACCCUCCCAAUGACACGCUACACGAGAACAUGGUGGAGGACAUUUUUACCAAAGAGGAUGCAAACAAGGAUGGUUUUAUAUCCUCCAGAGAGUUUACAUACAGACACGAUGAACUGUGAGGUCAUGCUGGAAGUGCUUUGGGGUGGAGAUCAUCUUAGAGAGUCUCUCAGGUUAUCGUCGUAUGACAUGUGGCUUAGUUUGAACAGCUGGUGAUGAUGGUAGAUUUUUAUGAAUUGAUUUACUUGUUUGGGAAAAUUGGACUUGGAUUAAAUGAUUUAACCUUCUCUUACAUGGCCCUUUUAAAUACUUAGUAGUUUUUGCAGUUAUUAUAUUUGUAGUAACAGUUUAUUCUGUAUAUUAGUAAAAAAAAAUCUUACCACGUUUGACUGUCAUUUGUGCUUUUCAGGUUAAAAGUGUAAACUAUAGCAUUUGGAGAACUUUAAUAAGGACAAAAUUGGGUAUUUGUUUUUUAAACUAGCACACUGACUUGCUGCAGCUUAAUAAGAAAGUGUAACCAACACAAUUGUAUAACACUUCUUCCGUGUAAGGGCUCCUAGUAAAACAACAUGCUCAGUAUUGAAGUUCUUACACUGUUAAAGGUUAAUGGAUUUCAGGACCUUCGUCCCUGAAAUCCAUGUGUUGGACAAAUCCAAAUGCUGUAGGGAAAUCUGUCAGUGCAGAAUCCCUUAUGACUUUAAACAUCAUAUAUUGCCAUUUCUUUGUUGCUGGAGACUUCCUGAGCCUUCAUCAUGAACAGGUUGUGACAAUUAAUUUCACUUAAUUAAUUUUCCCUUUUUUUUAAACUGUGCUGAAAGAAAAUACCUUUUAAUCUCUGUAACUUUCAGUUUGAGUCGCAUCAUGUACACAAAUCCAGAAGAAAGAAAACCAAAGCUUUCUUUAUCUUUGACAAUACAGCUUUGAUUUUUAAAGCCAGUGUUUUCAGUUCAGUAAUCAUCUCAUCUUGUAUCAACAAAUGUACUUUGAUUUAUUUGAGCUCACGUUGAGGCAGUUGACACAUUGAGCCAGCAGGUGGCACUGUCUUCCCAGAUGUUGAUAUCAAGUCGCACAUUUAUUAUUUGCUUUAUUAAAACUUAAUACAGUCUUCACAAUGUUAGUAACUGUUCUAUGACGUUAUUUUUGUCUAAAUCACAUUAGCAGAAGGGAGAACCACUGCACUGCACAAGGAUUAAUGAUCACUCAGGUUUUACAUACCCUGCAAUGCAGAUGAGAAAUAACCAAGACUUGACUCACAAUCUUGUUUUCACAUUAAAGAUCAGAUCAGAUGUGGCUUUUGUUUUAAUCACGUAUUCACUUUCACUGUUUGUUAAAAACUCAAAACAAA